GUGUGGAAAUAGACGAGCUAACGCCGUGAUACUCGGAUUGGAAGAGCAGUUUGUGUUCGUGUGAUUGAGAGUUGUGAUCUGAAGAAAUUUGUAGCGAGAAUUGAUUUUAUUCAUUCCACUCUUACGCGAGUAACUAUCCGUUUUCGCAGUUAGCUAGCUUGUGGGAAAAAAAAUAACUAACGUUAGUCUUUCAUCUCAAUGUAGCUAACGAUUUGACGUUAGCUCUAGCUAAUUUACCUAGCUAGGCUAGCUAGAUAGCAAGCUCUUCCUCGUUCGCCGAUAAAUCCGUAUGACUGCCUCCCAUUGAAGAAUUACAUACCACAGCGAUAGCUAGCUAACUAGCUAUCAGAAGCAUACAGAAUCUAAACAUCAUGGAUAGCACAGGAGAAGAGGCAAUCGGUGGUGUUGGGUUGUCUGGCGGGACGAGUCAGGGCAGCGGAACCCAGCAGUUGUUGCCGAGUUUAGCUAAUUCUGUGCCAGGUCACUCGAGUGGUGCUAACCCUGGUUCGCCGUCUCCUGCAGCAGCUGCAGAGACCGGCCUAGCUGUUAUGGCUCCGGGCAUUGCAGAUAUGACAACUUCUUCGGUGGGAAGCGGGUUUGGGACUGCCAUAGGUGUCCUUGGUACUGCCGUAGGCACUGCCAUUUUAGCACCGUCUUCUGCCACCGCGACAGUUUUGCCACCGAGCAUCGGUUUGGGGGUCACUGGUACUCCGAACUUGGCCGGGGCAGGUCUCCUCUCCCAUAUUCACUCCACUUUCUGGGAUCCGACCGUAAGCACCGACUGGGACAACGAGAAGCCAUCGCAGCAGUGUGUUCUCCGGAUAAAAAGGGAUAUUAUGUCCAUCUACAAGGAGCCUCCUCCGGGCAUGUUUGUGGUUCCCGACCCCCACGACAUGACUAAGAUCCACGCUCUGAUCACUGGGCCCUUCGACACGCCGUACGAGGGCGGGUUCUUCCUCUUCCUGUUCCGCUGUCCCCCUGACUACCCCAUUCACCCGCCGCGCGUCAAGCUCAUCACCACGGGCAACAACACCGUGCGGUUCAACCCCAACUUCUACCGCAACGGCAAAGUGUGCCUCAGCAUCCUCGGGACCUGGACCGGUCCGGCGUGGAGCCCAGCCCAGAGUAUCUCCUCCGUGCUCAUCUCCAUCCAGUCCCUGAUGACGGAGAACCCCUACCACAACGAGCCGGGCUUUGAGCAGGAGAGGCACCCAGGCGACAGUAAGAACUAUAACGAGUGCAUCCGCCACGAGACCCUGCGUGUGGCCGUGUGUGACAUGCUGGACGGCAAGUGUCCCUGCCCCGAAGCACUGUGGAGUGUGAUGGAGAAGUCCUUCCUGGAGUACUACGAGUUUUACGAGGGGGUGUGUAAGGAGCGCCUGCAUCUUCAGGGACAGACCAUGCAGGACCCGUUUGGGGAGAAGCGGGGCCACUUUGACUACCAGACCCUGCUGGCCCACCUGCAGGCCACGCAGCAGCGGCUGCGGGAGAAGUGCCGGCUGGAGGACAACGAGGCCGACACGGACUCCGACUCCAGCUCCUCGGGGACCGACCCCGACAGCCAGGGGAGCUCCAAGCCCUAGCCGGGGCACCCCCGGGGCCCCCCCCCCGGGGCCCCCGACCCUAACUGUCCCCCCUCACCCCCGUAACCCCCACCCGCCCGGGACUCCGCCAAACGU